GAGCAGAGGCUCCGCCCCCCGCCCCUGCCGCCCCCAUCCCCAUCCCUCCAGGAUAUUGGUCCAGGGCUUUAGGGACAUGUGGCUCUGGGGAGGGGGCUCUGGGAGGCACAGGCAGAGGACAACCAUCUGGAGCAGCAGAGACUGCCAAGGAGCCUCUGUCCCUAGAGCUGGAACUGGGGAACACAGUGGAGAGGAGCCUGGGCCUGCUGGGCCCCUCACCCUCUUCUGUCUCCUGGGACUAAAUGAUGAAGGGGUUUUGCCCUCACUCCCCAAGGGUCUAUUGCUAUUGAGUCUCCCUUACCUCCCCACCGCCCCUGACCUUACCCCAACCUGUUCGGAGGUGGUGCCCUCACGCUGAAGCUAGCCUGAGCACGGUGGCCGCUGGCUGGGUAAGGUGAGAAAAGGCUGGCUUAUAGCUGGCCAACUUCAAGGGACCCGUGAACUUCUCUGCCUUACAAGUAGGAGCCCAAGGGCAGGCCCCUACUCCCCAGGGGUGGGGCCCUGGUUUGUCACACUGUCACCCCCAGGUCACUGGGGGCUAUGAUGUGUGGUGUUGCCAUAGCAAUGAAGUAGGGGCAGGGCACCUAGGGCAUGGAGCAGGACUAUGGAAGCCACCAAGAAGUCAGGGGGCCAUGAUCCAUCAGGCCCCCAGGGCCAGCCCUCGGCCAGCAGCCAGCAGAUGAGGGAUGGCCUCAGAGGAUCACAGGGAUUAUGGAUAAGCUCAGGAUCCCUCGACUUCCAGCAGAGGUUGUCAUCAUUCCCUGAAGCCACCACUGAUGAGGCCGGUGGCCCAGCUUCCCAGGCCCAUAUCCCUGAAUCCAUUCACCAGGUAAACCAGGACCCUGCUCCGCUUAGCUCCCCAUGCAGCCAAGUGCAGGCCUCCCAGAACGCCCCAAGGCCCUCCUCAGCUAGCGCUUUUUCGAGCCACAGCGCGGGAGCCCAACAGCAUCUGGUCAAGGACGACGGGACUCUGCACCUACCAGUGUGCAGGGUGAGAAACAGCACCAGCGACAUGACCCAGCACGGAUCCUGCUACUCCCGGCUUCAGGUGCAGCUUGGGCGGGAGGGCAAGUCUCCAGCGAAAGUCCUGGUAGGCUGGGGCAAGGGCCCCUGCAACACUGACUAUAUGGCCCCUGUGGGCACCAGGAAAAGUCGACGGCUACCCUACUUACCUUCAGGAAAGGAUGGUGCAGCUCAAAACCAAAGUCUUCUGGCUUCAGCUCAGGCUGCAGCUCAAGAUCAGAGGCAGGGCAAUAGCCCAUGUCCAACUCAGGCUCCUGCCCUAGGGGGGACUUCUCCACUGACACCAGCUCCUCCAACUCCAGCUGAGGCUACUAAUUCAGCUCUGGAUCCAACUCCUGCAGUCAAACCUUACAACUGUACCCUCGACCACCCCACUGGUAACACUGCAGUCACCAAAGACCUAUCUCAAGACGUGACCCUCAAGAGAUAUGGCAAUCAGAGUUCAGCCCUCUCAGAAUCCGCCAACAUGGUCACAUCCAGCCCGGAAAAAGUGAAUUUCUACUCUAAUGGAAAGCCUCCUGCCUCAGUACCUACUCUAAAAAUGUUCCCAGACUAUGCCCAGGAGCACAAGGUUGCUGGAAGGCAGGUGCCAUCUGAGCAGGCUGAAAACCUGGCAGAGAAGCCCUUGGUUUGUACCUCUAGGCCAGGUACCCUCAAACCAGACCCAGAGCCCCAAGGUACACCCAACUCCCCGAGGAAUAACCAGAAGAUUUGCAGCUCUCAGCCGGACAAGCAGCUCACCAAUGUCUGCAACAGCAACUGCGCCAAUGCGCCACCGUCUGCCUACCAAGUCAGCUGUCAGAAGCAGUUACCACCUCAGUCUCCCAGGGAACCCAUGCAGAUCUCCCCCUCCAGUGCCCCUACCUGUCAGCUCCAGGAAGGUGUGGAAGACUGUGUGCUGGUGUUUGACAUGGCCACGGGCAACACCAGGAUGGGGCUGCUGUGCCAUGACCCUAUGGGCUCACGGGCAGUGCUGGUGGGUUUCAUGCCCAGCCACCCAUCUGUCUAUGCCCCUGAAAAUAUCCUACCCACACAGCCACCGUCCAGGCCCCUUCUCUCCCCUGCCAGCAAUAAUUCCAGUUUCUGGUCCACCACAGCCGUGUUGUCCAGCCCUGUGCCUUCUAGCCUUUCAUCUGGCAGCUACCGAGAAGUGGCCCUGCUUCCCAAGGAAGCCAGACUUAACCUGCAGUCACAGAACUCCCCUGGUACUGAGACGCCCACCAGGGCUGAGAUACUCACUGGGCCUGUUCCACUGGGAAGAUCCCUCCAGUUUAGUGAGGAGGUACAGGCUCAUGCUCCUGAUCCCAGCUUACCCAAACCUGAUGCCAAGGAAAAUGAACUUGAUCAUACCAUCUGGAUGAUGGAGUCCUCCAAGAUUCAGACCACGGAACUGCCAUGUGUGAGCUGUGCUUCACCAGCCAACACCCAGGCGGUGCCCACAUCUCUGCACCAGCAGGAUGUACGCAGCAACAACCAGAGAGACAACAUGACCGCUUACACUAAUAACCCUCCUGCUGAAGAUGCUGAGCAGGCCCCUAUCACUGGCCAGGCCUUCUACAAUGGGCAGAACCUCCUUGCUAGACAACUACCUGCAACUGAACAGGGCUUGCUAAUGGGACAGCCCCCGUCUACCAGGCAGACCCUCCUUACUAGUCAGCCCCCUUUCACUAGGCAGACUCCUUUCACCAGGAAUCCCCUCAUCGUCAAAGAUACCCCCUUCUUGAGUGGACCCCUUACCUCUCAGGAGCCUGGCCAGCCCUCCACCCAGGAUGGUGAGUCCCUGGGUCUACCUACCCAUGUAGGGGUACUUCAAGUGCCACUGACCCCUCAGGAGACCUGUAGCUAUGUGAAUAGAGACAAGGUAGGCAUUGUUAGCACUCAAAACCCCAGCAUGUCUCAGCAACCUGGCAGCUGUCUAAGGGCAGAGGAGAAACAGCUUUCUCUGAUCACAUUCGCCACGCCUGGCACUGUUUGCAAAGUCUUGCCCAUUACCGUGGUGGGCACCGAGCACCAGAGUGGGGGCCAGGUCAGUCCGACGGGUGAGGAUAUUACACACUCAUCAGUGAUUGCACAGCUUGGUCCUCUCCGUGGGGCAUGCUAUGAACUGGUGUCCACCUCGGAAGCCCUGUCCAGGCAGUCGUCAGCGCUUUGCCACCACGCACUGGGCCCCUACCAGGGCACGGCAGCAGUAGUGAUUGACACAGGCAUGGGAUUCACCAAAUGUGGACUGGCUGGAGAGGACCACAUUCUCACCGUGGUACCCUCCCAAGUUCAGCGGCUUCAGCACCCAGCCCAGGGCCAGCCCCAGUAUGCAGUCCCUGAAAACCAAGACGGCUCCUACCCGGUGCUGAACCGAGGGGUGGUCUCUGACUGGGAUGCUUUAGAGGUACUGUGGCAGCACCUGUUCUACUGCAAGCUGGGGGUGCAGCCUGAAGAGCUGGCUGUGCUUGUGGCUGACUCACCCAUCUCUCCGCGCACCAACCGAGAAAAGGUGGCCGAGAUACUCUUUGAGCAUUUCCAUGUGCCAGCCAUGCAGACAGUGCAUCAGGCCCUGCUGGCACUCUACGCUUAUGGGCGAACCACUGGGCUGGUACUAGGCAGUGGCCAUGGCACCUCCUAUGUGGCGCCCAUCCUCACGGGGCAGUUGGCCCCAUCUGACACCUACCGGCUGGAUGUGGCUGGUGCUGACCUCACCAACUACCUGGCUCAGCUGCUGCAGGCAGGUGGCCACUCAGCACUCAAGACAGGGCUGGCCCACCAGAUUAAAGAAGCUUGCUGCUAUGUGGCCAUGGACUUGGCAGCCGAGCUGGCCUACAUCCAGGCCCAGAACCCAGUGGACUUCGUGCUCCCAGACAAGCAGGUUAUCACACUGGGCUCUGAGCGCUUCUGCUGCCCAGAGGCUCUUUUCCAGCCCAGUCUGGUAGGCCUCAACCAGCCAGGCCUCCCACAGCUGGCCCUGCUAAGCAUCAGUCGGCUGGAGACCAAACAGCAAGAGCAGCUGCUGGCCAACGUGGUGCUGGAUGGGGGCAGCACCCUGCUAAGAGGCUUCCCUGAGCGCCUGAAACAGGAGCUGGGCCCUCACGCCUGUGUGCUGGGCUCUCCUCACCGUGCAGUUGCUGCCUGGCUUGGGGGCUCCAUCAUGACACGCAGGGACUCCUUCAAGAGCCUAUGGGUCAGCCGCCAUGAGUACGAGGAGGAGGGCCCGUGGGCUAUCUAUAAGUACCAGUUGUGAGCAUAUAAAGUUCUGG